AUGUCACAAAUUAAAACUACUGUAAAAACUGAAGCCUGUUCAUUUAGUGAGUAUAGGAUAUACCCAGGAAGAGGUCAGAAAUAUAUAGCAAGAGAUGGAAAGGUUUAUUUUUAUUUAUCAUCAAAAUUUGCUUCCUUAGCUUUACAAAAGAAGAAGGCAGCUAAACUAAGAUGGACACAAACAUGGAGAAGAAAUAACAAAAAAACAAAAAUUGAAACAACUCAAAGAAGGAGAUACAAGAAAACUAUAAAAGUACAAAAGGCUGUAUGUGGAUUGACCGUUGAAGAUAUAAGAAAUAGAAAAGCUUAUGUCCAAAGCAUAGAAGCAAAAAACAAGGCCAAAUUUGGAACAAAGGAAAAAGAAGAUAAGAAAAAAACAAAAGACGACAAGAAAAAAAACCUUGUACAUUUUCAACAGAAAAAAGAUUUUACAAAAUCAAAAAUGUUAAAUAUGGCUAAAAGUAAAAUGCAUAAAAUGAUGAAAAAAUAA